GCCACAUGUUGCCAUGUACUGUCACGGCUGACACAGUUUAACUGUUUUGACUUUCAAGGGGAGUAUCAUCCUACCCACCUGCCCUAUAUAGUGCCUAAGUCCCAAGGAGCAUGCCCAGUGAAGGAGUCCACCCCUUCCUGGUACCCCCUGACCUUGCUGCCCGCUUCUUGUCCCUGCAGGUUUGGGGCGCCUGCCCCCCACUAGGCCAAGUGGAAGGGGUGGCCCCGCCCAAUGGGCCUGGCCAGGGCCCUGCGCCGCCUUAGUGGCGCCCCGGAAUCAGGGAAUGGACAGGCUUGCGAUGAGGAGGAAGCCGGGCCGGGGCUGUGCGGCAACGGGUGGGCCCCUGCACCCUUGCCAGUGGGGCGGCGGCGCAGGCGCUUUGUCAAGAAGGAUGGCCACUGCAACGUGCGCUUCGUGAACCUGGGUGGCCACGGUGCGCGCUACCUGAGUGACCUAUUCACCACCUGCGUAGACGUGCGCUGGCGCUGGAUGUGCCUGCUCUUCUCCUGCUCCUUCCUCGCCUCCUGGCUCCUCUUCGGCUUGGCCUUCUGGCUCAUUGCCUCACUGCACGGCGACCUGGCCGCCCCACCGCCGCCUGCGCCCUGCUUCUCCCAGGUGGCCAGCUUCCUAGCCGCCUUCCUUUUCGCGCUGGAGACACAGACGUCCAUCGGCUACGGUGUCCGCAGCGUCACCGAGGAGUGCCCAGCCGCCGUGGCCGCAGUGGUGCUGCAGUGCAUUGCGGGAUGCGUGCUCGAUGCCUUUGUCGUGGGUGCUGUCAUGGCCAAGAUGGCCAAGCCCAAGAAGCGCAACGAGACACUGGUUUUCAGCGAGAACGCAGUCGUGGCGCUGCGCGACCACCGCCUCUGCCUCAUGUGGCGCGUGGGCAACCUACGCCGCAGCCACCUCGUGGAGGCCCACGUCCGGGCCCAGCUGCUGCAGCCUCGAGUGACCCCAGAGGGUGAGUACAUACCGCUGGACCACCAAGACGUAGACGUGGGCUUUGAUGGUGGCACCGAUCGCAUCUUCCUCGUGUCUCCCAUCACCAUUGUGCAUGAAAUUGACUCUGCCAGUCCUCUGUAUGAACUAGGACGUGCUGAGCUGGCUCAGGCUGACUUUGAGCUAGUGGUCAUUCUCGAAGGUAUGGUUGAGGCUACGGCUAUGACUACCCAGUGUCGCUCCUCCUAUCUCCCUGGUGAGCUGCUCUGGGGCCAUCGGUUUGAACCAGUCCUCUUCCAACGUGGCUCCCAGUAUGAGGUCGAUUAUCGCCACUUCCAUCGCACUUAUGAGGUCCCAGGAACACCUGUCUGCAGCGCCAAGGAGCUGGAUGAACGGGCAGAACAGGCUUCCCACAGCCCCAAGUCUAGCUUCCCUGGCCCUCUGGCUGCAUUUUGUUACGAGAAUGAACUUGCUCUGAGCUGCUGCCAGGAGGAAGAGGAGGAAGAAGAGGCCAAUGAGGGAGAUGAGGCAGAGGCAGAAGAUGGCGCUGCCAGCCCCCGAAUGCUCACACCAACGCUGGCACUGACUGCCCCCAUGAUGUGAGGUGGUGCCUGCCAUUUGACCCUUUUCCCAGCUGUAGCAAGAUGGAGAGACUAGGCUCACUCCUGGGAUCCGGGCAGGUGUUUUCUACAACUGACAGCCCUGAUGGGUAGGUGAUUAGCUGGUGAGGUUCUGCCAUUGCCUGAUGGACCCACCAGGGAAAUACGAAACCGUGAUUCCUCUGCGUACUAUGCUGUCUCCUGAGAUCUCUUUAUCACCUCGAUUCCUGAGUCUCACCAGAACUGAAGGACCCAGAAUUCUGGACCACCCAAGAGGCAGAGACUGUGGUUCUGGAUUCUCCUGUAUGACUGGUUUGGGUAGUUGAGCAGGGUUGGGAAUCGAUGAUAUAGAUUACCUCCAAGAGAGGAAGUCAGUAAUGCUUGAGCAGCAACAGAGAUCAAUAGUUUAUAGGUGUGGAGCCAAGGGACUAGUGCUACUAGACUCAGCCAAUCAAGUAGUAAAAUUUUUUUUUGACCACCUAAGAAGAAAAGUUAUGAAACGCCCCAAGUAUUCAAGACUAUCAUGGUUGACCAAUGACAAGGAACGUUAAUUACAAGUGAAGAAAAGAACUUGUGGUUCCAGAAAGCCCAGGAGUUUUGAUUCAGUGACUGUAGAUAGACCAUUGAAGCAAGCACUGGUGAUUUUAGAACAGUUUGACCUAGAGAGUCAAACUGUUCAGAAACUAAACUACUUUAGAAACUAAAGAAUUACGCUUUCGAAUGCACAAAACAAUGAUCCUGUGGGUCUAGAAGGACCGAAGUAAGAGAUUGGGAAUUCUUGAUAUUAGACCAUUAGCUGUAGACUACCCAGCCAAGUAGAUAAUCAAUACUUCUAAAUGAUCCAAGGGUUUUUUUUUUUUUUUCUUUUAAGUGCCAUUCCAGAAAAUCCAAAGGAAUCAAGAUUCUGUGGCUCUGUCUGGAUUGCAUGGAAGGAGUAGCAAUUCUAGAGGUCUGAGAUUUGCUGAUUAAAGUUUACCCAAUGGAGUUGAGAUGAUGUUGUGGUUGUGUAAUGCCAAAAGGAAUCAAGUCCCCAGGGAUCCAGAGUUGUCUGUAAUCAAAGUCUUUAAGUUCUAAGAAGUGGAUUCAGGACUUGAGAAACAGCAUUUCUGGGCUGACCUAUAAGGUGAGGGCCCAGGGAAGACUCUGGGUAACAGGGCCAGUUGGUGGGCAAAGACUGGUAAGUCUCCAGUACUCUGGAAUCCUAUGCCUAGUCAUGUGUGUCUAUGUGUCUAUUUCUUAAAGAUAUCAUAUGUGUG